AUGGACAUGGAAGUGGGAGGUGUUGCCAACAUGAACCUGGGAUUAACCUCUGAGCCAAUCCCCAACAUGAAUCUGGGGAAAGGGACAGAUGUUUUCAACCAAUGGGCGCGCAAGCAAAUCAGGGAAAAGCAAAUAGCUGAUGCUCAAGCGCGCGCGGACGCUGAGGAUGCACUCACGCCCAAGCCCCCUCGACCCCCGCUCCCCAUACCCUGGGUUGAGAUCCAAGACAUAGGACGGAUUAAUCACUGCGAUACACGAUGGCCCGCUUACGAACCGUGCAUGGUCUACUGCGAGCACUCCUGCCAAGUCACCGUGAACUUCCCGGACAGAGACGAAUGCAGGAAGGGAGAAUCCAUCAUCAUCUGGCGCGGGACCUGCAAGGACAAUUUUGAGAAAGCCAAGGAUAAUGUACCGCAUGCAGUGUAUGGAUGUACCAACUUUGAUAUCUAUUGGGAGGAUUUGCCUUUUGAUUCCGGUGCUGGAAUGAAGCGAACUCUUAUGCUUAAGAAGAAGGCGUACGGGGAUUAUUACAAGUUUGGUAUUACUGGAUGUGAUCGCAAGAAAGUUACACCGGAGUUCCAUGCUUGUAAGGCUGGUGGUGGUGGUAGUUGCAGUGGUAAAUUGGAAAACUUUCGCAAUGACAGCUAG